AUGAGGUUCUUCACUAUCGGGAGUUUUAUCGGCUGCGUCACGCUGUCCUCCUUGGCCGUUUCAGGCAGUUAUUACGACUCUUCGUACCGCCAGGGACGACACAGCCCUUCCGAUGGAGACGACGCGGCCGCCAGUCAGCGGCAUGUACGGCCGGGGCGCUAUCCGGCAGAAACCAUACCCCAGCAGUACCCACAGAUGAUGUACCUCAUCGAUCAAGACACACAGAGGGAUCGGAACACCAGAGGUCUGGAUUCACAUCGUCGGGGAGACCUGGGGGCCGAUUUUGCCUCGGGCUACCCAUCGUACCACCCCAGUGCUGGCUCUCCGUCGGCCGACCCAGCCGUUGGGUACCCCUAUUUACUCGUCUCGCCUUCGUAUGGGCAAGUAUCAGGUGCGUACCGUGCUGGAACUGGCCGCGUUGGCUAUCCCUACGGUGACAAGGGGAUGUCAGCACAUGGCGGCUUCACAAGCAUGGUUUAUUCGGGUAGUGAGAGAGAUGCUCAGUGGAUGACCACAGCAGUCGGCAAAGCAAUGCGCUCCAUUCGACAAAAACUGUCGAAUAUGGCCAAGGGACUGAGUGCCCGGAUGACAGACACCGAUGAUCCACUUGAGCUCGUCCAGGCAGAGCUGGCUCGCCUGGUGAAGGCGAUCAAUAGACUCAGCGCGUUUUGUGCAACGGGUUUAAGCGGUUCUCUAACGCACAGCAACGUUUUCGGAUGGGGCACGGCGGAAGCGAUCGACCCCAAGAUAUCCGAGAAGCAAGCGGCGAAAGUCGUGUCGGUUGCGAGGUCGGUGCUCCAAGACGCUGCUGCGCUGGUCGACCUCUUGUUUGUAAGUCCGGCCGAACACACCCUGAAGGACGGGGCCAGGAAUUUCCAGGAAAAACUGAGCUUACUUCGUGAUGCCUCCAGUGAAUUCCGUGCCCAUCUGCAAGCUCUCCGUGGUGCCACGCGUUCCAAGAUGGCAGAUUGCACACCUCUCAACCAGUCUCCACGCACAAGAGACCUUAUCCAGAGUCUAUGGAAGAGGAGCACGGCACGUGCGAACUCAGUUGUCAAAUACGUUUUGAACGCUAUGGAACGGCUUGUGCCUGUUGUCACAUCUACUCACGUGGCGGUGCUUCAAGGCAUCGUACCAGAAAGCCGAACAGACUUCCGCCUCACCGACAAAACUCUCAGCAUCUCCGAAUUGUUAGAUACGAUUCAAAGCCGAGCUGUCUCGACCCGUGCAUAUAACGACAAGCUCGUGGCAGCUGUUAAUCAACUCACCAGCCCCGGAACAAGCGGAACUGCGAGCCCACUGCACCCCAAUGCGCUUGGAAGAAACGUGGGCCUUGUUCCGGGAUCAGGCUAUGUUCCAGGUACUGCGUCGCUUGGUGGCUAUUUUGGGGGCUCCUCCGUGCCAGGGAUUUUUCCUGGAACCGUGCGAUAUGGAUCGACUGCUGACUUGGGACUGGGGAUGGCUGCUGGCGGCCUAGGUCUGGGCGGAACCGCAAGUACAGGGCUAGGCCUGGGCGGAACCGCAAGUAGAGGGCUAGGCCUGGGCGGAACCGCAAGUAGAGGGCUAGGCCUGGGCGGAAGCGCAAGUAGAGGGCUAGGCCGGGGCGGAACCGCGGCUGGAGGGCUAGGCCGGGGCGGUCCGGCCGCUUUGGGCGGAACUUCAGCUGGAGGGUUGCGGGGUCUUGGGGCCACAGGUUCCUUGCCUGCGGCGGAACCGAGGGGAUCGUCCGCUGGUGGGCUCCUGCCGAGAAGCCCUGCACCAGCUGGCGGCCUGAGUUCGCAGGGUAUGGCAGUUUCUUUCCCAUCCGACACUCCCCUUCAACCUGUAGCCACCCCAUCGACGCACUUGCCAUCCGACGGUGGGCUCUCCACACGUGCAACCGCCGUAUCAAGUCCAGUUGACGAAACGCAGACUAUGGGGCCUUCAUUUCCACCGGAGGGGCCAACCAUUGAGCAGCCUUCGCCUUUUGGAGGGCUGCCCUCCGGUGCAGUUCAGCAAUCAGAUGCAGCUGUGCCCGAUGUGGUGCCCGCACCUGCUGUGUCACCCCCCGCGGAGCCAGGAACAGCGGAGCCAGUUCUGGCAGAGUCUCACGGGGUCAAUGAUAAUCAACGCGACAAUGAAAGAGUCUUAGGUGGCGAGGCCCCGGAAGCGGGGAUUGGAAACGACCACGGGGACGGCGUGGGCGAGACAGACAUAAACGAAAAUUCUGACAAUGUUGUAGAUGAAGAAGCGGAUCGAGAGGACGAUCUGGAUUGA